GAGAGCCAUGGUCUGUCCUGUAUUCCUGUCCUGCCACCACGUCGGGGUUCCUUCUAUGUCGAGAGUGGCACAGGCUUGUCAGUCGGCAGCGUGUUGGCCUUCUGGUGCAGAGAGGGAUACCAACUGGUCGGCAGCGACAAAAUCUACUGCAAUGUGAGGAACGGAAAACCACAAUGGAGUAACUACCUUCCUGUCUGUGAAGCGAUCCCCAGACCUGAGGACCGUGGUCUGAGAGUGGCUGUGUUGGCUUCAGUGGUGAGUGGCAUUGUCAUUCUCGCCAUGUCCUUGUCCUUCCUCAUCUGCUGCUUGCAGGAGCGAUCCAGUCGGGACCGAGCCAAGAAGGAGGGACGGAGCAGGCGCAGGGAGAAGCGCUCAGCCCGUCGUAGUGAGUGUUGGCUGGAAAGGGAAGAGGGUGAGUGGGAGACUUUCCCUCCUCCAAAGAUCUUCCAUCUUUCCCAGAGGAUGAACCCUCGUCUGGCUCCCGACAGUCCCCUCUACCUGACUGGAGGACUCAGUGGAUAUGAGAACAGAGGGUACCAGAGGAGUCAGGAGAGUUUGCUGAAGGCCUCUAUGCCUGGACUCUACCGCUCGGAAUCUCAGCUUUACCCACACGUCGUCCUACAGAGGGUCCCAACUCCGACAGCACCUUCCGCCCCUACCGCUCCAUCUGCUCCAUCCGCUCCCCUCUACCUCCACCUGCCUUCCUCGUCUUCCGCUAUCUCCUCACCGGCGCACACAACCACCCACAGCCAGCCUCACAUCAUGGCGCAGUACCCUACUCCGACAUAUCCGCCCAACCCCAACACAGCUGUGCCAGCCUACCCCCACCCAACACCAGCACCUAUCUACCCAAACCCCAACCCGACACCACAGCGGCCAUGGCAGUAGCUACAUCUUCUGCGUUCUGUGUUGUGAAGAAAAAGGAAAAGAGGAUGUAAAGAUGGACAUGAAGCCAGUGUGGAAGCUUCCCCCUGCUGCAUGCUUACUGAACUCCUGCAAUUUGGACUCAACAGGAACUCCAAACUGGAAUUUUUCCUUAAUUCUUACUGAACUGCUGCUGCUGCUGCUGCUGCUGCACUCUCUGCAAGAGGAGUUCUUUGGAACUUUAACUGUCAGAAAUUACAAGAAAACUUCAAGUAGCCGGUCAAUAAGGGAACACAGAAGUUUUACUUUAAAGUGUGAAGAACCUGCAGUGAAGGUUCAAAAAGGACUGACGGUGGCUGCCACUGUUCAGGCAGCUAAAAUCUCUCAGCAGAGUUGAUUUUUUAAUAGUUUGUUGUUAAAAAACAGGAUCCCUAUCGGACUUCCUGAGGUCCACAUUAUCUAAUCUAGACAGAUAUAUCUACAGUUUAUAUUUUGCUUUAAAACUAAAGACUUAACAUGAAUUCUGAAAUCUCACUUGUGAUGAAAGGUUUCUUUACAGCUCCUGUUAACGUGUCCUGGUAUUUUCCAGCACUGUGUGGAAGAAACAGACAAUAGGGAUUUAUGGGUAGCAAACACACUGUGAUUGAAAUGCCACUGUUGCUGCAGUUGCUGAAUGCAGCCAAUUUUGUGCUGUUUGUAUGGAUUUAAUGAUACAGCGAUCAUUUUAAAUUGAUCCUUUCUUUCUCACCAAAAUUGUGAACUAAAUGAAUUGUUUUUUUCUUUCUGUCGCCGUCUGUUUAUGUUUCUCUGUCUGUUGCUGCCGCUACUCAUUCUGUCACAUAAUUAUUUGUGACAAAAGCUUGACUGGUAAACUAUUCUGGCAAAGUCAUUCAGGGCUCCUGAAGGAACAUGCUGAAUAUACAUGACUAAAAUACAGGCUGGGAGCUGGACCUGGGUCGAAUAAUAACACAACUUGAAUUAGGUCUGGUUUGAGCUGUGUAUAGGUUCAAACAAUAAGCAGAUAAAUGUGAAAUUGAUUUUUAAUUUCAAGAAAAGCUCUUGUGUGAUGUAACUAAGAUUCUCUGUAGCAAACAUAAGGAAAUCACUGUGAGAUCGUUGUGUUGAUUGAUGCACUGGAAUCAGCACAGAAUUGCACUGAUAAUGUAAAGUCUGAGCAGGGAGGUGGAGAAACGUCUGAACCAUGUCGACCUAUGAACUCUGAUUCACUGGAGUUCUCUGAACUUCAGCUGCAGCUGUGCAGCAAAUGUGGAUUGUGCUCCUGAUUUCAUUGUUUUUAAAUGAAUAAUCAACCUUAAACUGAUUUUUUUCCCUUGUACAUGCAUUUUAAAUCAUCAGCUCUGCCCAAGGAGCCCUUAAAUAUUGCUUUGACUCUAGCUGUGGGGCUCUCUUUAUUUUUAAUAGAAGGACUCGAGUAGACACACUAACAAAUCUGCACUUUACAUUUUUUGAGAGGGUGGGGCAGUUCUAAAUAUUUCUCUUACUGUUAUUAUUAAACUGUCUGUUGUAUAAUAAUAAAACUGCCAUAAAAGCAGAAUAAAGAGAGUUUUGUU